GUACACAUACAGCUCAGCUACAUGCACAUUACACACAGCUCUGCUGCAGACAUAUAUAACACACACAUACACAGCUCUGCACCACGCACAUCACACACACACAGCUCUGCUGCAUACACAUAACUUCAGCUCAUCCAGCAGCGAUCACAACCAGCACAGCAGAGUCCUGCAUACACUGAGCAGAUGAGCCUAGAGCAGCAGCCCCUGAUCAUGUGACUCCUCCUCCUCCAUGUGACUGAUCACAUGACGGUGACAUCAUCGCAGGUCCUGUAAGCACAGCUUUGUGGAUGGAAUUAUAUAUAUAUAUCUAUGGUCACUGUAGAGCAGGUAACCCCUUCAGUACCUUAUAUGUUUAGGAUUACGUUUUUUGUUUUAUUUACUCCAGGUUUUUCCAUCUUAUAAAAUAAUAAUAUCAUUUUGCGCCACCGUCGCCAACGAAUUCUACAGAACUUAACAUUUUUUAACCUCACAAUUCGGAGAAUUCGGCACUGGUCUCCUGUAAGAUGGAGCCGCUACAUUCAUUGUCUAUGGAAACCUCCGAACCCUUCACCUGUCACCUCAUCGGGGGUCAAUGUCCUCCACAUCAGACAUCUGUAACAUCGUCUCCUCUUCUUCCCUUCAGGUUUCUCCAAACCAGGAUCCUCUGCUGAUAUCUUCUAUAUAAGAGAAUUCUCCUGGAUGACCCAUCAACCAUGGAGAGAGACAGGAACAAGAUGGCCGACAGGAUCAUAAACCUCACCCUACAGAUACUCUUCCGGCUUACUGGAGAGGAUUACACAGUGGUGAAGAAGUCCUCUAGUGGGUGCUUUCGGGCCCCUGUGUGUGAAGGAUGGGGAAGAACCCUGAGCCCAAUCCCGGGGCCCCCACUUCAUUCCCCGUUACAUGAGGAAAUUGACAAACAGAAGAUCCGAGAACUUAUCAAUAAGAUGAUGGAGCUGCUGACUGGAGAGGUUCCUAUAAGGUGUCAGGACGUGGCGGUCUAUUUCUCCAUGGAGGAGUGGGAGUAUGUAGAAGGACACAAGGAUCAGUACAAGGAUCAGGUGAUGAUGGAGGAUCAGCAGCCCCUCACAUCACCAGAUGACUGUACUAGGAGAUCAGAGGGAAAUUUGGUAUCUUCAUAUUUUAAAGCAGAGGAUCAUAUCAUACAAGAUCCAUAUGGAGAACUUUCCCUUAUCCCAGAUACACCCUCAGCCCUUCACAGCCAAGAUCUGUCAUAUAUUCCUUUUAUACAGGUCCUAGCUUCUGAUUCAUUGCAACUUCUUAAGCAAAAUACGAAGAAACUGUUUUCAUGUUCAGAAUGUGGGAAAUCUUUUAUUUCAAAAUCAAAACUUAUUACACAUCAGAGAACUCACACAGGAGAAAAGCCAUUUUCAUGUGUACAAUGUGGAAAAUGUUAUUCUCAGAAACCAGAUCUUGUCAGACAUCAAAGAAUUCAUGCAGAGGAGGAGACAUUUUCGUGUUCAGAAUGUAGAAAACGUUUUACCAAGAAAUCACAUCUUGUUGAUCAUCAGAGAACUCACACAGGGGAGAAGCCAUUUUCAUGCCCAGAAUGUGGGAAACGAUUUACUGUGAAAUCUCAUCUUAUGAGACAUCAGUUAGUCCACACAGGGGAGAAGCCAUUUUCAUGCCAAGAAUGUGGGAAACGUUAUGCUGACAAAUCAACUCUUAUUAAACAUCAAGUAAGUCACACAGGGGAGAAGCCAUUUUCAUGUUCAGAAUGUGGGAAAAGUUUCACCCAGAAAUCGAUUCUUGUUAAACAUCAGAGAACUCACACAGGGGAAAAGCCGUUUCUUUGCAAAGAAUGUGGAAAAACUUUUGUCUGGAAAUCACAUCUUGUUGAACAUCAGAGAAUUCACACAGGGGAGAAGCCAUUUCCGUGCAAAGAAUGUGGGAAAACGUUUACUCAGAAAUCAACUCUUAUCGACCAUCAGAGAACGCACACCGGGGAGAAACCAUUCUCUUGUGUAGAAUGUGGCAAAUGUUUUAAGCUGAAAUCCAUUCUUGUUAAACAUAAAAAAAUUCACACAGGAGGGAAGCCGUUUUCCUGUGAAGAAUGUGGGAAAUGUUUCACUCGUCAAUCAGAACUUAUUAAACAUCAAAAAAAUCACACAGGGGAGAAGCCAUAUUGAAAAAAUACCGACAAAUGUCUGGUAUCAAAAAACGCAAAUAGAAUCUACAUAAAAAGGGGUUUUGUGGGCUGAAACAUUUUUAUAGUACAUGCCUCCCGAAAACAGGAACAAGGCAACACUCACCUCAUCUGAUUCCCCACCACUGCCGCUAAGGGGUCUUAAGGUUCCCGCUACCCUCCUCUUCUUCCUGCUUCUGAUGAUGACUUGUUUAGGCAGGAACUGCCAAUCCUCCUGACCCAAAGGGGCUUCAACCAAGAAAACCCCUUUUAAGAGCUCAUUCACACAAAUGGAUCCGCAGCGUAUUUUACACUGAGGAUCCACCGACGAUGAACCCUACAAUGUGC